AUGUACCAGUGCUUCAUUCUCAAGGUAGCCUGGGUGGCGUGGACGCCUUUCAAGAAGUUUUACGGCGACUGGCAGGAAGCAGGAAGGAUGGCGCAAUCCCCUUGGGACGUUGAAUGA